AUGACUUUGAGACGAAAAUGGCUUCCCGACAACUUAGAUUCCGCCGCGCCGCUUGGACAUUAAAUAAUUACAGUGAUGAAGAAGUUAAAAAUUUAAAAGAAAAUAUUAAUCAAUUCAGGUACAUUGUAUGGGGAUACGAAAUAGCCCCCAAUACCGGAACGAAACAUCUUCAAGGAUAUAGUGCACUGGAAAAACCUGCUACUAUAGAUCGAUUUAAAGCGCUCAUAUCUGAACGAGCACAUAUUGAGUUCGCGAAAGCAUCAGAAGAGAAAAAUCGUGAAUACUGCAUAAAAUCGGGCCAUUUCGAAGAAUAUGGACGCAUAAACUCUCAAGGCCAACGCAAUGAUUUAUACAAUGUAGUCGACACAUUAUUAGAAAACAAAGACGAUCCUAUCGGCGCAGUGGCGGAAACACAUCCUGUCGCAUUUAUAAAAUUUCAUCGCGGUAUCAAGGACCUGGCUAAUACUCUACGGCUUGGAGCAAAACGUAACCAUAGAACUAAAUUAUGUAUUGUAUAUGGUUACCCCGGCACAGGAAAAAGUUUUCGAGUCAGACAAAUUUGUGAACAAUUAUACGGUGAAGAUGAGACAUUCUACAAAACCCGUGGAGAAUGGAUUAUAACUUUACAUAAUAAUCAAAUGUUUCUCGUCUCAGUGGGGGCUACCAUUGUUAAUCUGAAAUUUGUUUAACCCGUAAAAAAAUCAAUUAAUUUGGUCUAAUUACUUCUAGAAAAUUCUACUAGUAAUAUUGAAUGUUUGUAUGCGCUUGUAAACAUUUGCCUCUUCCGCUAGCCAAAGCGGAAAUAGGCCGAGUGUUAAUAAUGGCAUGUCGUAACCCACAUCCUAAUGAUUUAUUAUUAGCUGAACUUCACAUUUUUCAGUAAAUAAGAAGCUCAUUAUUACGUUCACUUUUAUGAGAUGCCGUUUCUGUAUUGAUUGUUUCGUAGCCAACAACAUAUCGUAUGAAUAUUACAUCGUAUGUAGACUAUGCCUUUCGGGGUAAUCCUUUAAUGAUUGAUAUUGGUCUAUGACGUCGAUAUCAUGAACUCGUCCUGUUUGGGUAUCCAAGUUUAGUCGGCUAAUGGACAUAUUUGUAUUGAUUUCUACAUUGUGCGCGUUGUAGGAAUUAUUUCGAGAUUAAGGCAAGUAUCUUAAAUAUAGGCGUAACUAUAUUUACCUUUCGAACAGUACACUCUUUCGUUUCCAAUUUGCAACGACUACCUUUCUCAACUAACUAAGGGUAUGUUGUCAAAGGGUGCACUUUGAAGAGCUAGAGGCGUCGAUUGAGUAUCUGAGAGCUAUCCAUUCCAGGGAUCAUAGUGCGCUUCCAUCGCUCCAAGCGAAAAAGGAUGGAGGCGGAUGAUCUGGUGAACUUGGUUGCGGGCGGAAGGGGGAGAUCAAAACAGUUUUUACGCCCACUCUUGCACAAACUUACAGGACAACUACUGGGCGACACCGGAGAUGAUCACGAGACCGGGAACUCGCCAGGAAAUAGUAAAAGAGGUCGACUAAGCGGCAGCGGCCUGCUAAACUUAGUUUCGAAUUUUUUUUCACGCGACCACGACGAACCCAGAAUCGGAGAAGCUGAAGAGGUUCGUGAAGAAGCGGAUAAUGAGUUAACUGUUAACGAGGAAUCGAACGGGUGUUGCCGUCAACUACUUGCAGGAUACAAGAUGCAUGUUCUUUUAUUUCUGUUCACGUUUGCGUUAACACUUAACUGGUCGGCGACAGCCUAUGCCAUAACACGGAAGGUGUGUCUUGCUCAAAAUAUUUCGGCGCAUGAAAGUACAGCUCCAGAAGAACUCUGCAAACGGUGGUUACGUUCAGACAAAUCAGGAAGCAAAGGAUCAGAAGUUUACUCAGUUGAGGACAUGAUCAAGGGACUGUUUGAGAUCCAAGAUGUACCCGAUUAUCAAGCGUUGUCAUCGACUUCAUCAUCAGCAAUCACGAAUUUGCCAAAUGCAAACACAAGUACAACGCAUUUAAACCAACAAUUGAUACACACUGGACGGAAAAGUCACGGGAGAAAAGCUGCAGAAACGGUCGAGCUGUAUGCGACUUACCAAGCAAUUGUAGCGCUCGUACCGCCAGCGUUGGUAAUGAUUGUGGUCAUAUUAUCAUACCGUGAUGAGUUUACUAAUUUUCGAACACCUUUGCUUAUCGGAAUGUUUGGCACUGCAUUGUCAACGGCCGCCAAUCUUGCGUCAUCAAGGUUUCCUGACGCGCCGCUGUUCUACGAUACAAUCACGCCCUGCGGAGAGAUGUUGUGCGGUGGUUUACCUCUCAUAAUAAUGUGCAUUUACGUACAUGUCGCUUGCAGUGUUCCUUCAAACGGUCAUACAGUAGCGUUCUUUCUUUUGCAAAUUUCGUUUACAACGUCGUUCAUUACAGCGCGGCUUGUUUCGGCCCUUGUUGUUGAAGCAUACACCGAAACACUGAGUCUCUUUAUAGUAUCGAUGAUUGUUAUCUUGUUGACGUUGAUUUUCGCGUAUGUUUUCGUUGACCACGUCAAGUUCGAAAAAGACACAGAUCAACCGAUUCCUCGCCGUCGACAUGCACGUGUCAAUGGACGUCACCAUUCAUCGACCGACCCCGUGCUUCUCUCAUCACGACUAUUCAGUCACCACCAUUUGCUACGUUCGGUGCGGGGUCUAGUGCACGACCAGGCCCAGGGCACCAAAUAUGAGAUGCUUUUUGUGAUGGCUACGAUCUUCUUUUUUGUGGCUACGACAAACGGAUUCGUAGCAUGCUUCUUGUUCGAAAACACAAAUCAAAGCGAAGUAAUCCGUGACUCUUCGAUCAUCAUCGCAAUUCUGUUGAUCGUUAUACCAUUUUUUGUAAUUAUCGUUCGGAAACUUCCAUUUGAUCCCAACUACACCUUGACAUUUAUAGGUGUGUUCUCCCUAACGGCCAGCCAGACUUUUCACUUUGCUUCACUAGACGGGGGACAGAACUCUGCAGUGAUAAAUCGUAUUCAGCACGUUCUUCGAACGCUACUUAGUCUGGCGCCAGCUGGAAUGCGAGCUCACGCCGCCAAACUCGUCGAACGUCAGAAAUUUGGCAAAAUUUUCGGAAUGGUUGCGGCGUGUGAGGCUUUGGUUCCAUUUAUCGGCGUUGCAAUGCGUAAAAUCAUCGGAGGGGGUUUUAGUCAGCUUCCGUUUUUGUUGCUUAUGUGGGGCACGUUGCUUAUGCUUGGGGUUGGGCAAUGCCGACGAAGAAAACCCCAGGUGGCCGUGGAGGCUGUCGAUGAAGAUGAAUGAAAGCAGCCAUCGUUAAGUAAGCAAGAGCGCACAUUGGAGUAAACGAAAAUGAUCUGGGUAGUCCGAAGCGGCGUACAGGAAAAGCACUGGCUGUUAAGGGCCGCCAACGAAUGGCGACCUUUCAGAAACUUUCCCAAUUAGUAUCGAUUGUAGACUGUGCGAUGGAAUGCUACCAAGCAACAAACUCUUGUGGUGGGCCCGUAAGCCCAUCACUCUUCAAAGCAACAUCUUCGGCAACGCAACCGCCAAAACCCCUGACGACGUACACUGUUCGAUUGGUCCGAUGACGGACCCAGACAGGCGCCAGUCACAUGCUCAUAAUGUGUUUAAGGAAGCCUCUUUAAACUAUUGAAAAGCAGCGUCACUGGGCAGUAUCUGAUAUUAUAGGUAAUCUACUAUUUGCCCGUGUGUAGAAAUACCGUGCGGAGUUUUUUGGAAGAUUCAGAUUGAAUUUUCAACACCGGAAUACCAGCAGGGAUGAAAUCAACCUGUGUCGCGUAGAUUUAACGACUUGUUUCGAGACAGAAGCGUCGUCUGAUUUCUAAGCGUCCUAUUUUCUGUUGCAAUAUAUUUGCCUUGACGUUUUUCCACCUUUGAUCUUUAUUCAUUUUAUUAAUUUCUAUCUAUAUGGAAGCACAUUCUCUUUCUUACAUGCUUUUGAACAGAAUUUGGAAUUAAUAAAUUUGUUUCUGGAGGCUAAUGAAUAUGUGUUCAGCUCAGCUCACGGUUUCCUACUCAAGGUUCGCGGUUGUUUGCGUUUAUUAAUUAACGCAGCGUAACGGUAUACCUCAAAAGAUUCAUUUGUACCAGAGAAUGUUACUAUAGGAAGCCAAGACGUCGAUGGAAACUCCGAAAAAAACAUGAGGUUGUACUGUCCAUUAAGUAAUGGCGAUCUAUUAGAGUGCUUGCUGUAUAUAUAUGUCAUCCCGUGUACGAACUCCGUGGCUUCUUCACAAUCGCUCUACGACAGUAUACUUGAUCUUACAAUAGCAGCUGGGUAAAUAAAAAGAAACAUUUUCAUUCGAUAAGGCAAGGUUCCUGUAUUGUUACAUCUGUCAAGGUUUUCAUGAUACAAACCAAUGAGCAGUUAGCUAAUAACAAUUUUAAAUCGUUCGUUUGUAACAUGGUAAUACAUAACUAAAGGUAACCAUGUUUAACAGGCGUAAAGUAAAACUAAUAAGCGUAACAAAACAACUAUGCGUUAGUAUGUGUCGCAAAACUGCUGUCGCAAAUAAACUUACAUUAUUUAUAAUGACAACGGCAACGAUGCCUUAUGAUGUUUAUUUAAAACGAUCCUGAAUAAAAGUCCU